AUGGCUGAUUUGCGCGGCACUAAAGCUAUGUGCCAAGAAGGAGGUUGCGGGGCGUGCGUGGUCUCUGUUAAAGCGCCGUCACAACCUUCGAAUGAAUUAAAAACAUUUUCCUUAAAUUCGGUCGAUGAAGUAUAUGCGUCAUUCGUUACAGCUGAUGUUAAUCCCGGCAGUGUUAUAAAAGAGUUCGAAGCAAGUGAAGCCUUUAUUGAAGGAGCUUUUAUAAUGGGCUUGGGCUAUUGGACGUCAGAGAAGAUCAUCUACGAUCCAAAGGAUGGCAAAAUAUUGACAGAUCGUACUUGGAAUUACAAACCGCCGGGCCUAAAAGAUAUACCAGCAGAUUUUAGAAUAUAUUUCAGAAGAAAUUCAAAGAAUGAUGUUGGGGUACUACAGUCGAAAGCUACCGGUGAACCCGCGCUUUGUUUGGCAUCUGUAGUAACUCACGCCUUAAGAGAAGCUAUACGCGCUGCGCGAUUGGACGCCGGAUACGACGAUCAAUGGAUUGAAUUGGUGUACGGUUUCCCACGCCUACGGAAAGUAUUGCAAUCGGGGCCAAGUAAUCUAGCAGCUGUCUCCAUAUACGGACACGUGUCCCCAUAUACGUACAGUGUAAGCAGACUCAAUAUGCAGCUACCGAAACACAUGAAGAUAGCGGCGGGGUCGGCCGGUGCUGCCAUAUUUGGCCUACUUUUUGGUUGGGUUAUAUUUCCCGCUAUUCUAAAGAGGCAGUUGAGGAAGGAAAUGGCACUAUCGCCGAAGACGGAUGUGCGAAAGAUGUGGCAGAAAAUCCCGUUUCCGUUGGACUUCAAGAUAUACCUGUUCAACUAUACUAACGCCGAGGAAGUACAGAAGGGUGGAAUACCAAUUGUCAAGGAAGUCGGACCUUAUUACUUCGAAGAAUGGAAAGAGAAAGUGGAAAUGGAAGAUCACGAUGACACUGACACCAUAACCUAUAAGAGAAUGGAUAAAUUUUACUUCAAGAAAGAACUUUCUGGAUCCGGACUUACUGGUGAAGAAACUAUCGUGAUGCCUGACCCUUUUAUAAUGAGCAUGAUAAAUGUAGUCUAUCGAGAUAAGCCGGCAAUGCUAAAUAUGAUGGGGAAAGCUUUCAACGGUAUAUUUGAUAAUCCGAAAGACAUUUUCAUACGUACGAAGGCAAUGGAUCUGAUGUUCAGAGGCGUCGUUAUAAACUGUGCAAGAACUGAAUUCGCCCCAAAGGCUGUUUGCACGGCGUUAAAGAAAGAAGCAGCGAACUCCCUCAUAUUCCUACCAAACAAUCAAUAUUUGUUUUCUUUAUUUGCUCUGCGUAAUGGUACAGUCGACAGGCACACUGUAACCGUCAUGAGAGGUAUGACGAAUGUCAUGGACGUUGGCAGAGUGAUCGAAGUAGACGGCCUGCCAAAAAUGGACAAAUUCAGAGAUACUUGCAACGAAUACGAAGGCACUGACGGCACAGUUUUCCCGCCGUUUCUGACAAAGAACGAUCGCCUGAUGUCGUAUUCUAUAGAUCUAUGCAGAUCUUUCAAGCCCCGGUAUCAGAAACCUACUUCUUACAGUGGGAUCAAGACAAAUCGGUACGUCGCGAAUAUUGGAGACUAUGCCAAUGACCCGGAACUGCAAUGCUUCUGUGACACGCCGGACACGUGCCCGCCACGAGGUCUGAUGGACCUCAUGAAGUGCGUAGGCGCCCCGAUGUACGUUUCGUUGCCACAUUUCCUGGACUGUGACCCUAAAUUACUGGAUGGUGUGAGGGGUCUGAACCCGGACGUCAACGAACACGAGAUUCAGAUAGAUUUCGAACCGAUAACAGGUACACCCUUAGUCGCACGGCAAAGGGUCCAAUUCAACAUUAAACUGAUCAAAACUGAGAAGCUGGAACUUUGCAAAGAUUUGCCAGAUACCAUUGCGCCACUGUUCUGGCUGGAGGAGGGCCUGGCGCUAAACAAGACAUUCGUCAACAUGCUAAAACACCAAUUGUUUAUCCCAAAACGUGUAGUAUCCGUUCUACGAUGGCUAUUGCUGUCAUUCGGAUCCCUCAGCGCCAUGUGCUGUGUUAUCUUCCAUUUCAAAGAGAAAAUCAUGCGUUUCGCUGUCUCAUCUGACACGCCGUCAGCCAAGGUCAAGCCAGUGGAAAUCGAGCAGAAGGAUGUCAGCGUGAUCGGGCAGGCCCAGGAGCCCGCCAAAGUCGAAAUG